AUGCGGCCAGCUCGAGACAACGCAUCAGGUGCGACUAGCCUGCGGGUUCCUGCCGACUUGGCGCGGAGCACUUUGGCAAGCCUGCCCUUCCCGCCUGACCCGCCGGCCCCCCGGCCCCCAAGCGCCCCUCCGACGGAGUCCCCAGGCCUUUUCACCGUGGCCGCUCCAGCCCCGGGAGCGCCUUCUCCUCCCGCCACUCUGGCGCACCUUCUUCCCGCCCCGGCCAUGUACAGCUUGCUGGAGACCGAGCUCAAGAACCCCGUGGGGCCACCCACCCCAGCGGCAGGCGCGGGCGGCCCCGCAGCCCCCGGCGGCGCAGGCAAGAGCGGCGCGAACGCAGCCGGCGGAGCGAACGCAGGCGGCGGCAACGGCGGGGGUUCGAGUGGCGGGGGCGGGGGCAGCGACCAGGACCGCGUGAAGCGGCCCAUGAACGCCUUCAUGGUGUGGUCCCGUGGGCAGCGGCGCAAGAUGGCCCUGGAGAACCCCAAGAUGCACAACUCCGAGAUCAGCAAGCGCUUGGGCGCCGACUGGAAACUGCUGACCGACGCCGAGAAGCGGCCGUUCAUCGACGAGGCCAAGCGACUGCGCGCCGUGCACAUGAAAGAGUACCCGGACUACAAGUACCGGCCGCGCCGCAAGACCAAGACGCUGCUCAAGAAGGACAAGUACUCCCUGCCCGGAGGCCUGCUGCCCCCCGGCGCCGCCGCCGCCGCCGCCGCCGCCGCCGCCGCCGCCGCCAGCAGCCCGGUGGGCGUGGGCCAGCGCCUGGACACGUACACACACGUGAACGGCUGGGCCAACGGCGCGUACUCGCUGGUGCAGGAGCAGCUGGGCUACGCGCAGCCCGCUACCAUGAGCAGCCCGCCGCCGCCGCCCGCGCUGCCGCAGAUGCACCGCUACGACAUGGCCGGCCUGCAGUACAGCCCCAUGAUGCCGCCCGGCGCCCAGAGCUACAUGAACGCCGCCGCCGCCGCCGCCGCCGCCUCGGGUUACGGGGGCAUGGCGCCCUCGGCCGCCGCCGCCGCGGCCGCCGCCUACGGGCAGCAGCCCGCCACCGCCGCCGCCGCGGCCGCCGCCGCGGCCGCCAUGAGCCUGGGCCCCAUGGGCACGGUGGUGAAGACCGAACCCAGCUCGCCGCCGCCCGCCAUCACGUCGCACUCGCAGCGUGCGUGCCUCGGCGACCUGCGCGACAUGAUCAGCAUGUACCUGCCACCCGGCGGGGACGCGGCUGACGCCGCUUCGCCGCUGCCCGGCGGCCGCCUGCACAGCGUUCACCAGCACUACCAGGGCGCUGGGACUGCCGUCAACGGAACGGUGCCGCUGACCCACAUCUGA